CAAAUACGUCAUUGAAACCCUAAAAAAAAAGAAAAAAAUCAUGUUAUAAAAUCAUUUUAUUUUGCAUCUUUCUUUUCUUUUUCAUUGUAUCUCAACAUGGCUACUUCAUUACUUCUUGUCGGCGGCACUGGUCUCGUAAGUUCUGCUAUUAUCAGAGAAUCCAAGAAAUAUCAACAUCUUCCAUCCUAUCACAACACACAUAUUUAUGCCUUGUCGCGAAAUGCCGCUGCCAAAAAGUCGGUGGAAGGAAUUACUUUUAUUCAGGGAGAUGCUCUCGAUCCAGCAUCAUUACAAGUACCUUUUGAAACCAAUCCUAAUGUGGUCCAUACUGUAGGCACCUUGCUCGAUCAAUCCAAGAAACACGGUGCCAAUGGAACCUAUGACAGACUCAACAGAGAUGCUGCCAUUACUGUUGCUGACACAAUGCUAUCAAAAUAUGAUCAUAUCCACCGACGUUGUCUUGUCUACUUCUCUGCGGCUAAUGCUCCACCUAGCUUCUUAUUAAAUGAACGAUAUAUUCUUGCUAAACGUGAAGCAGAACAAGCAUUAUUAGGACCUAAAUACAAGGACAAGAUCAGAGUAGUUGUUUUCCGUCCAGGACUUAUUUAUUCUUACCACCGUCGACAACUCAUGUUACCUUUUGCAUUGGGAUUAAUUGUUGGCUCAGCUAUUUUGAAGCCUUUGACUUCAUACAUUCCUCAAGAAGCAUUGUACAUCACAGAUAGACCACUUGAAGAUACUGAAGUUUCUCAUGCUGUAUUUGAGGCAUUGGAAGAUGAAUCAGUCGAAGGUAUCUGCGAUAUCGACAGAAUCAGACAGCUCGCAAAAGAGUGGGAAAGAAGAAAAUGUAAAUAAAAAAAAACCCCCUUGUAUAUUUCUAUCCAUAAAACAAUAGUUGUCAAUGUAACAUAUCCUUUGAAAGAACGACGUGUUUCUCUUGCAUUAGUGUGCAUAUGUAAUGACGCAAAUUGAAUGCUGAACACUACUUUUAUUCUUCUCUCCUAUUAGAAUUCAACGAGGAGAUUAUUGUGAUCCGAAUAAGCUCUGGGAG